UGUUACCGGCUCCGCGAUAGGUCAGACCUUGCUUCUGACGUCACUGUCCGCUCAGCCGGUGCGAGAUCUAAACCCUCCUUAACUCGGGAACGCCGUUAGUCGCUUCCAGAAAACAUCCCACGGGCACGUGAUAAACGCCGGUAUGUGAUUCCGCGUACGAAGAAAAUGAAGACACUUCUCGAGCGUUCGCGGAAACCAACGAAUCCCGCGGGUCCCUCGCCAGCCUCUCGCUACGGCCCUGCGCGCUCACGGUGCCGCCGUCGAGGUGGCGCGUUUGAGCCGCGUAGUAGUCCAGCAAGUGUUUCCCCGAACAUGGCGGACGGUGUUAGUUCGAAUUUCCACGGGACGCAAUGAACGUGCGUCGAAUCCGCCGCACGGUGAUGCCGAUCGCUGAGGGCGUGUGGUGAGAGAUCGCGCGGCCGGCCUACUACGAGGGCUGCCCGGGACGGUGGUCGUGAUCGGCGUGUGGCGGACGUGUCGCCGUGCCGAGCCCGCGGAGUCAGGCUUUUGCCGCCGCCACCGCCACCAUCGUCGUCGCCGUCGUCGUCGUCGUCGCCGCGAGUGCGCCCAGCGGAGCGAGCUCUGGCUGCGGCGGGGCCCCCAUGGUUGUGCGUAAAUGGUUGACGAAGUCGGAGAAUGAGGCCCGCACGUAGCAGCGCGUGAUCCACCACGGCCGGAAACGCUGAGAAACAGGGUAGAAAAUGUCAGAACCCGAGGAAAGCUUGGCAGCCCCGGAUAGCACCACGAGGGAACAGCGGGCCGGUUUCUCCCAUGGUGAUGACGUUCUUCUUCAACACAAAGAUGGCAAAUACUAUCUUGGCACAGUUGUGGAGGUGGACAUGGCGAGGGAAAGAUGUCUUAUCAAGUUCAUGGACAAUACAUCUUCCUGGUCCUCGUUUAAAGAGCUGACGAAGUUGGCUAUGCCAGACUCGGAUGUUAUGUGUGUUCUUUGCAAAAAAUCUCAGCCUAAGACUGACAAUGACAUUAUUGUUUGCGACAAGUGUGGCCGUGGCUAUCACCAAAUGUGUCAUCAGCCUGAAAUACCAAAACAAGACACGGGCUCAGAUACCCACUGGAUGUGUAAAAGAUGUACAGAUAGUCAGCCACGGGUGCGCGAACCUUGCGAACCAAAAACUUCUAUGGUUAAAGUAAAUAUCAGAAAAGUUUGCAGCGGUAGGGACCAACCUGAACCACCACCGGAUGACAUGACAAAGUUGCCGUAUGAUCCUAAUAUGUUAACUUGGGAUGCACAUCAUAGAGUGAACGCCGAACAAAUUUAUUGUUAUUGCGGUCUGAAUGGUGAAUGGUACGCACAGAUGUUACAGUGUGCUCGGUGUAAACAAUGGUUUCACGAAAAAUGUAUCAGAUGCUUAACUCAUCCCUUGUACAGCGGUGAUAGAUUUUAUGUAUUUGUUUGUUCAAUGUGCAAUAACGGGAAAGAAUUUGUUCGGCGUUUGGAAAUGAAAUGGGUAGAUCUGGUGCACCUGAUAUUGUACAAUCUGACUGUUUAUAAUGCUAAAAAGUAUUACGACUUGGACACCGUAAUUGUACCUUACGCAAAUGACAAUUGGUACACUUUACAACUUCCACAACGGAUUAGAGAUAUUACUGGUCAAAUACGGAGAGAAUCUAUAUUGGCGAUAUUGACAAACAACAGGAGCAGAUUCAAGUGUGGUAGAGAAAUAAAGAAGCGUACUACAAUAUGGGGCCUCCGUGUCAGACUUCCACCACCUUGUCCAAUUGUCAAUCUUCCAGAAACCGGCGAUAUAGAUGAUAAUGUGUUACGCAGUUGUUGGGGUGCUAAUAAAAGACUGCAAUAUCUUCCUCCACAGAUAGGACCUGUGAAUUUGCCAGAAAGUACAAAACAAUUGAUGGCAUUGAAACUGAGUUCGUCUGAGGAUGUAGAAAUUCCUGUGAAUCCUUCAGACUUAGUAAUGCGGGGGACAGUUUAUCAGAAUUCGGAAGCGGAGCAGAGUUCGUGUCCAAGUCAAAGUCCGACCAGUCAAUCGACACAAUCUUUAAGGGAAAGGUACAGCGGCGGCGGUUUUGUAAAAAAAUCAUUCCCAUUCCCCAAAUUGAGUCUACAAAGAAGACGUCGUUUAAUGGCAUUAGGUAGUACAAGGGAAAGAAUGUUACGUAAACAUAAAAAGAGGGAGAAAGACAAAGAUGCCGCCAUGGGGAAAUCUCAAGUAGUCCGAGAAGCGAGAUACAGGAAGGCGAGGAAAUUACUGAAGAACGCCAUCGCCAAGAGCAAGUCCCGAAGUGCAGAAGCAUCCGAAUUACCCCCGACACCUCCGACUUCCGUUUCCGGGCCGCCGACGCCACCGGCCACAACGUCGGGUAUGUCGGAGCUGUCCGUGCCGAGUUCCGUGGAUCUGAUGCAUCCUAUGCCUACACCUUCGACACCCGCCGACACGAGCGGCGACGAGACCAGUUCAAGAGGGACCCUCGACUCUUUCAUCCCACCACCCAAGGAUUUCGAAGGGAAGAACAAUCCGUUCCGAAACCUGGGCAAUCUAAUGAGCACGCCGGUGGUUAGCCUUACUCAAGCGAAUUCGAGUACGCCGUUACCCUUCAACCAGUGCCCCAUCACCUUGCCUCUACCACUGACGCCUGUGAUCCCUCAACCGCCGGUGGUGGCCAAGAGGCAGCUAUCGGAGAAGGAUAUUAUCGUCGACAGAAACGGGCAGGUGAAGCGCAGGAGGCAACAUCGACGAGGACGUCCAUCGCAGCAGCAGCAACAGCAACAGCAGCAGCAGCAAUUCCAACAAACCGCCAGCAAGACGGCGACUAUUCUGCCAGCUCGUAAUAAUGAAGUUAAAAGUGAAUUCGUCAGGAAUUUAAGAAGUUCAUUUAAUGGUGCCUCGAGCAGUGCGAGUAAUAGUCAAAUUGGAAAGUGUGUCGAUUAUGCCUUAAACGGUAGGAGGUUGAGACAGCGGCAUAGUAACGAGAAAUUACCUCCUCCCGAGCCGCAGACGCAACGGAAGGGCAGCAGCAUGCCAUCGUCGCCAAAGUGUUCGCCAGUGAAGCAAAGUGCGCCUGACAUAUCUCUGGAUGAGCUGAAGUCGUCAGUGAAUCUUUACUUCGGUGCGGCUAAUAGAAUAGCCGCUGGUGAAAAGUUCGUCAUCAAAGCGAAGAGGACAAGGCCGGACGGUCAGGCACAAUACCUCAUCGAAUGGGAGGGACUCAAUACUUAACGGUAAAUAAAUAAUAAUCAAGCUUAUACGAUGAGAUGUAUUGCAAUCGUAUACAAAGUUUUUAAGUUGACAUCAAGCUAAGUAAGGCAACGAUCAGCUGCCCGAACUCUUGUAAUUAAUUCUCUGUGUUUAACAGCGAAAAAAAAAGAGAAAAUUGUGACCUAUUGUUUCGCGUCACAUUAUGCACUGCCACUUGUUAAGUACAUUUCAUAAAAGAAAAAGAAUGUGACGCAUUUAUCGGCGUAGAUUGUGUGAAUGUUCUUGUAAAUGUACAAAUGCGCCUCGUUAAAUCAUCGGCACAACUCUCGUUGCGCUCUUUUUAUCGCGAUCGAUCAGUUUCAUUGCCGAUUGAUGAAUUUCCGUUUCAGUCGGUCUCGAACGAAAUUCAUUUGAUCGUCCAUCAAGUAGGAUAUUCGUGAUGUCGGUCCAUUUGAAAAAAAAAUCACGAAAGAGUAUACAAGAUAUUAUACCGUCCGUGUUGAUUCUCUGACGCGUAUAUCUUACUCUCGUACGUUCAUUCAUUUGGAAAAAAAAAGACGGAAGGCAUGCUUCUUGGAUUAACGUUUACAAGAACAAUCAGAUGUAUUGCUUAUCGAUUGUAAAUAGUGUAGCAUAGUAGACUUGCGAAAAGAAUCGAUGAAUGUAAGUUGCGUGAGAAAGGAAUUUCGCGAGCUUUACAUCCAUCGCCCCGAUGGAAGUGAAUUGGCCGAUCUUCCCCCGAUAUCGGGGACAAAUUAUGAGUAUGACGACGAGUAUAAAAGAAAAAAAAAAGGUCGAUGAAACAGACAGUUGUUCCUCUCACUUGAGCUAACGUACUAGCGAAUGUUGACGGUUGGUAGUGAAAAAGAGUAAAAACAAAGCAGACAUCCUGCAAAGAUUAUUUUUCAAUACACUCGUAGAGGUAGUCUUCGGCUCCUGUAACUUCAUUGUCUUGGACUACAUUUCCACGUAAAUUUUCGUCGAUGACAAUACGACACGAAUCAAAAUUUCAUCUCGAGAGACGAACUCGAUCUAUUAUAUACCGCACGCGCGUGCGUAAUUAUUUCCCGUUUACGUUUGCUCGAUAAGCAACAAUAAUGUCGCACGAAGUGCUACAGUUGUGUCGUUACAACUGUAUAAAUUAAUAUUAUAUUAAUAUUUCUCACUCUCACAGAUAUAUCACAGACUUAAAGCGGUGUAUUUGAGACGAUGAAGAUGCAGACCUAGCAUUGCUCAUUAUUAUACAAGAUUAAGAGAAAAAAAAAAAACACGACAUACCUGUUUCGUACCGUGUGAAAUUGAAAAAUCGUGCAUUCGAUGUGUAAGUGAUUGGCCAAGUUAUCUGUGCAAAAGUGUGCAUCAUAAGUCGCAACUAAAAAAAAAUAUCCAAGACAGUUUUAUCAUCAUCGGGUGUACAAUACGUGAGCUCAUUUUCGUGUUGUAGUAGCGCAUUGUAAAGAGAACGAGCGAUUCUGUCCUGCAUUGAAUGAGCUAGAACAGCUAGUAAAAGGGAGUGGGGAGGGAAAAAGGUGAACAAUCGCAAUUGUACAUAAAUAGAAUUUGUAUCGGGAAGCAGUCACGUAGCACACAAGAUCUAGACACGGUAGUAGUCGAUAAAUGUAACAGUGUCACAAAUUCUCUUACGAUAAUUUUUGAUACAGAUUAUUUUAUACAACUCUGGAUCCUGCUGGGAUUAUUGUGUAUAAGACGCAUUUUUGUACCUCAGACUGCACAGAAUCUAUGGUCAUAACUUACUAAUCAGAAACUAUCUGAAGCAACUAUGUAAGCGAUACGACGUGUAGGCAUUUGCAGUAGCCGUUGUUAGAGUGUCAAAUCAAAAGGAGCUUAUUAGAAGGAAUUCACUGACCGUUCUCGAUUUCCGUCUGCGACAGAUUUGCCGACAUUCACCAUUGCGCUUACUGAGAUUCCCUUUGUAUUUUGCGAGCGCACAAGCUCAUUCAUCACAACGCAUUGUUAAACGGGAAACUAGCAUGAUAUACGGAUUCAUCUUUCUUACUUGUUUGUUACGCGAAAUUCGCAAGAGAAACACGAAGUCUUCGCCUAUGAUCGAACUCAUGUGACUCUAAUGUAACGAUAUUUUGAGAGUGUUUUUAACAUACCUCGAUCUUCGUCAAGUCUGAGUUUCACUAGAAUAAAAACGAAUUGCUGGAUAAAAGUUGCGUUAUCUCAGGACGACGUUCGUAGUCAUCUUAAGUACAAGAUCCGACUGUGAAUGCCGUCCUCAGGUAGAGUCUCGUGCGAGUUUCCCAGUCUCUUGAAAUGAUGACGAAUCUAAUCGACGAUAAGUGAUCUAUCGCGUUUAAAUGGAUUUACUUAAAAUAAGUAACUCAUUGCCGCUAUAUUUAUUGAAACUUCUCAAUGCAAUAGCAUGUUUGCAUUUUGAUUUCGCGGAAGAGGCUCAAGGCAACAAUCUGAGGCCACUGUGGUAUGAGACGUUAAGUUCUUUCAAAAGAGAAGACGAGUUAAGUCUUUUUUUUCUCGUUAUACUUUUAGCAAGACUUCAAACGAGACGUGUCAACAAGAAAAUUUCGCGAAUCUUCCUCUUUCGUCGUAUAUAUAUAUAUAUAGUAAAAGGUUUUCUUUUUAGUGAAUAGUUUUGAUAAAAUUUGUACAAUAGCAAGUUUUGUAAUUCUUUCUUUCGGCUAUGAGAAGGAUUUACGUUUUGUAUGAAUAUCUCUUGUAUCAUUUGUGAUGUAUUCGUUAUCGAUAUUGUUUAACACUUUGAGUGCCACGCUGCAUCCCCAAAGUUCCCCGGUCGCACUGGGUACAACCAUACCGUAGUGUGUAGAGUCAGAUUACUCAAAAUAAACCAUACCGAUUGGAAGACGAUUGCAUGCAAAUUUUUAUUAUCCGAUGCGCAUUCAAUACGCUUAAUACGUCAACGCUAACGAUAUUACAGUGAUUUCCAGCCAAGUAAUCUCUUGGAGCAAAACACCACUGUAGUGAGAUUCGAUUCGUAUCGAAAGCCAUAACUUGCCGUUACUGAACAGUAAUGGUCUGUAAAUUGUAAAUUUGAUAUUGUUAAAGUACAAGUUCCGUUAAUUUGUUAUUUAUUAUUCGAUUCUAACAAAUUUUACAAUGUGAAGCAACAGUAUCAUUUAUUAACCAGUUGUUGUUCAAUGAUGUUUUUGUUGUUAAUUGAUCAAUGGGUCGCGCUGUUGUUGUCCGUUACCGCGUGGUAGUGCAUUCAGUUCAACUGUAGCGAAAAGUUAAUACUCGUAUCCGAUGUAAAAGAUGAUACCGACGUCGCUUCAAAAGUAUCUACGACGAAAAUAAAUUUAACGCAUGACGAUCAUAUGUAUACAUAUAUAAGUAAUGAUUUUACUGUGGUACGUUUUGGAUUUCUCUCAAGUAGUGUAAUUAUUGUCGAAAAUUAUGUGAAUAUUUCUGAGUAUAGGUAAAACCGUCGUACUUAGACAGAUGAAGGGAAACUCUCGUGUCACACAAGUGCGAGUAACGUGGCAGUCAAGGUGUUAAAGAAUGUUUUGCGUAAGAAUUAUACGCGUUUUUUCAUACGUAGUUCUAGCAAACCUUAGGAAGAUCUUCUUUGAGAUCCAUACCACAGCACAUUUUAUAGAUAUCUCUUUUUCUCCGACGUAGAUGAUAUUUGACGAAAACAAGAAAUGGACACUGCCAAAUUUCUAAGUUAUAUUUAAUAAAAGAAGAAAAAAGAAUGAAAAGAAACACGUUAGGUAAUGCUGCGUUAUAUGAUAUAGUAAUACGUUUAAUUAAUUAAUUAAACGUAUAAUUAAUUAAACGUUUAAUUAAUUAUUUAAUUCGUUUAAUUAAUUAAACGAAAUUUCUCAACUCGCGCUUAUCGUUGCUCGUCAUAUUCCACAACUUCCAUGCAUGGCAGACCAAGCCAAGUGGAAGACUCGGGUACAAGAUUUCGCGGAGACACGUUGCUGAUUUGCGACGAAACUUCGCAACGAACCGUUUCAUACACGCACCCGGCAAGUUUUCUCAUGAAUUAUAGCGUAGACUCUCGAGCGAUAUUCCGAAUUUCUUGGAGCGACACAUUAUUUCCGAAAGUAGAGUGACAAGCCGAGUCACUCGAAUUCAAGUGAUUUUUACCACUCUCACGCGGAAUGAGUGGUUGAGCGAAUAUUUUCAUUAUUCCACAGAAGUAUCUCCAGUAUCGAGUUCGCUCUGAUCAAUCCAAAUAUUCACUCGCGUGGAUUUGGAACCCACCCCGAAAUUGAGUAAAACAUUCGCGCUUAUUCUAUUCGACAUGACAGUAUUUUCAUUAUCACUUCGAGUGAGAUUUCACUCCGAGAAAUUCGAGAGCGUAGGCAGAAUUCCCCGCGAUCGGUGUAAGAGGUGGCGUAGGGGAGAAGUGUAAAACCUCGAUGUAAUCGGGAUUUAUAUUCAGCUUCAAAUGAAAAAUCAAAUCCGGAUUUGCAAUUUUACACGAGAUGCUCUUUAAUUGUGCGGCGAUAUACUUUGUGUGGGAUCGAUCUCGAGUAUAAAGCGAGUCAAGACGUUGGACGAUCACGGAUUAUCCGAGUUUUACCUUCUGGGUGAAAACUGGGUUAAAAAAAAGACGCUCGAAGUGCACACUUUUCCACAAUACUCAUUCUUGCCGUCAGUCCGUACUUUUUAUCUGCGAUAAAACGACGGAGUGUCCAAGUACAAUGACAGAGUGAUAACGGGGUAUUUUACUGAUAGUAUGAAAUAUAUUAAACGUGUGACACUUUAACGACACAGAGCGUGCACUUUGCAGCGCACUCUUGAAAUCGUUGCAAUUCAGGGACUAAGAUCGGACAUAUACAUUGAAUUUCCAAACGGUUUGAACAUUUUCUUUCGAUGUAGUUCGGAACAUAGUUGAUGGUCCAAUGAGAAAACUCGAUUGAUUCCCAGAAACGAAGUUCCCUCAUUCUGGGUUGGCAAGAUUCAAGAUUUUUUUUAGUAAAUAUUGCCCGUAUAUGCUACACACGUUCUUUUCUCGAUGUCGCAAUCUCGACGAAAUCUAUACUCGCGCGUUAUUUUCGACAGCAGCGCGAUUAUUUCAAAAGUACGCGAGUUUCAGCUUCACCCCCUGCCACUUCCCCUCGAGCGAACGGUAUUAAAAACAGAAUGCGAGAGGAGUCCCGUCGACGUUCCGCUAUCGCUUAUUUCCUUCUGUCGCGAAUAUUUAAAUAGGACAAAAAGAAACAAACGAACGAACGCCUAUUGGCGAACACGCAUGCGGAAGUCGACGAUGCAUCAUUCAACGACGCGGCCCGAGGCGACCAGCGUGACUUUUUAUACAAUUACACAAUAUUUCGUACGCGAAUUUUCCGUAUGACCUUUGCACAGUUAAGUAGUGUUUUGUACGCUAAUUUCCCGUAUGAUUUUUCCCGUGCGUGCGGCAAAGCGAUCUUCGUAGUAGUCGUCGAGAAAGAAAAGUCGGCUCUUCCGGUCCGGAUCUACAAUGUGUGAUAAACCUUCUUCAACCUUUUGCUCUAAGCGCUAAAUUUUAGCGUAAUUUCUAACAAAAACGCCCCCCAACGCUAUCAGGUGCCGCGAUUUCCUAGGUUCGAGCGUUAUUACGACUUUUUAGCGAUGCGGGAAUCGCCUUUUGUCAGAAAUUACGUUACAUUUCAUUGCCUGGAGCAAAAAACUAAAAGUAAAGUUUGAACAGCUCGGUGCAGAAAUCGGUUGGCUCAGUUUUUUUCUAAUUGUAUACUUUAGUAAAAACUGUUUCGUGCAAGGUAAGUUAUGCAAAUUUUUUGACGAGAAUCGUUAAAAUAUUUAAAGAUCGUUCUGUUAAUAUAUAUUUUUAGAUAAAGAUGGUUUUAUAUAGUAAUGAUAGUUUUAAUAAAAGAUAUUUCUUCUCAAAUGGAGCUGUCCAUCUCUCAUACGAAACGACAUGGAAAGUCGAUUAAAUCCGCUUGAAAAGUCAGUUUCGUUUUCGUCAAGUUCGUUUUCAUCGAACCGCAGAAUCGACCGGUUUUUGCACCGAACUCUUUAAUUAAUACAGGCCAAUAAGAGCCUAAUGCUAGUAAUUAGUUGCGAAAUUAAUUAAUUACUCGACCUACCAAGUCGGCGAACCUAACGUUCAAACGUUUCCAUUAUUACUGAAGAGGGUCGGAACCUACGACCGAAAUAUUUAGACAUUAAAUUCGUUGAUUUAGUAGGUCAAAUAAUUCUUUCACUUCCCAACCGAUCACUAGCGCCGGUUGUUAUUGACCUUUUCCAGUUACUCAAGGAUUGAACAUCCCGAAAGCCUUACUCGUGCAUUAUUCUUUUUUGUUAAAAAGCUAUGGGCUUAUUAUUAUUUAUUGUAAAUCCGGUCUCGAGAAGCAUCGAGCAAGGACGAUCUAGUUAAUUCUGAAAACCGGGUGAGAACACGUGCGUGGCGGCGGGACCUAUUCUGUAACUUUUCAACAACGCGUGCGUUAUCAAGCUUGUAACCAAACUUCUUAUCUCUUUCCAAAUUAUGUGUUCCGUCGAUACGUUUUUACGUUUUAAUUCCCUCGAACGACAAGAGCGCUGCGAGACCACUUGAUCAUCGACAUAACCGAAAGUAUUGUAUACGUGAGGUAUCUCGUCUCACUGAUGUAUAUUGUGUUCGAUUACACGACGAUACGGCGAAAAGAGAAUGUCGCGCAAUCGUUUCUAAAAAAAAAGAAAAUCUAGUAGCGUAAAAAGUACGUCAUAAGUUUUUCGUAUACCAGCAACGUGUUCGUCGAGCGAUUCUUAUUCGUGUAAAGCGUAUAUAUAUAUACAUAUAUAUAUACUUUCGACAAUAUUCUAACAAGAAGUGAGAAUCAUUUUGUGCAUGAGGUGUUCAUUAUUUCGCGCGACUCUCAUCAACGAAUGAUCGAUCGAUCGAUCGAGCGUCUUCGUGCCAACAACAAGAACAAGAACAACAACAGCAACAAUCACUGUCGGGACUGACCUUCUUUUAUUAUUUGCGAAAGGAGAAUGCACCACCAAGUCACACCGCCACUGUUCGUCGCACAUUCAAAUUUCGUAGCGGCGUUACUCCAGUAAUGAUAAGCGAGACUCGACGCGAUCGCAGCUAGCCGGCAUCAAGAGAGAGAGGGAGAGAGAGAGAACAGCCCACGUGGGUGACCGAAAUCGAUUCUGUAAUUUUCGCGCGGAAGAGAGGAAUGACUGUAACGCGUGGAACAUAGGCAAGGUAGUGAAAGAGCGUGUACUUCCUGCGAAUCCAUUUCGUUUGACUGUGUGUGCGUGUGUACAUGUGUGUGCGUGUGUAUGUGUGUGUUCUGUGCGCGCAAGCCUGUGUGCGUACAUGCGUGUAGACUCGUGCGAUAGACUCUAAAAGAGAGACGAGGCGAACGAUGCUUCGAAAUCGCGACCGUUCACGGCCUCGUUCACACCGAUCGCUUAAUACGCAGGUGCCGACGAACAAUUUUAUAAGAAAUUAUCAUUUCUCGCGGCGAGGUGCGAGUAAACGACGGUGCAUCCGCAUACGUUCGCCACCACCUGUUCGUUCGAAGACGUUCCUCGGAAACCGACCCUCACAGAUCACCCUGUAUUUCUUUCUCUCUGUAUUUCUCAUGUAAAGCAGACGAUGCGUUUCUGUCUGUUAGAUUGUUUGCUGGAUGAAAGUCGGCGCCAAUCGGAAACACAGGUUUGCCACAGACGCCGAAAUUGGGAGGAGUUAUUGCGAAACUUUAAAUGACAGAGAAAACCUGGAAAAGGGAGAUAUAAAAGAACCUGGAAUUUUGAACUUUGCUCACAAUUCCCUUAUGUGUUCUUAAAUUUAUUCUUUCUCCCAAUGCUCGUUAAUUUUUUGUUAGCCUGAAUUUGCGCUCAGGGUUAUAUUAUGUUGCUAAACUUUUGAGUUUGUGUUGCUUCUAAUAAUAUAAGCCUACUUUUUUUUUUUUAACAUAAACUUACCACCUUUCCUGCAAUGCCUGCUUCUAAACGUUAGACUUUAAGAUCACAUAUUGUUUGUGGGAAAAUCGUGGGAAUUUCAAAAUUCAUUUUCUGUGGCAACCCUGCAGCAUUUUUAGUACGUCACUGGGUCUCAUCAUAUCCAGCGCGAAAACAAGCACUUUAGCUCGCGUUCGAACAUCCUACUCGACUCGGGUUAGAGCAGCGAGUUUGCUUGACCAAUCAGGACAAAAAGAGUCAAGAUUACUUUAUCAUGAUUGUGAUUGAUUAAAUGCUACUCUACGUCGAGCAGGAUCUCCGAGCGCAGCAUAGAAGAUGAGUAACCGGUAUGUGAAACAGACUUGGUUCCGUUGAUGUAGAGCACAUAAGGAAGAACGUAUGUGCUGUCAACUUCUGCUGUGACACUCUGGUUUCUCUCUCUCUCUCUCUCGUGGGAGAUCACUGUGUUACGCCGCGAACGUGUUAACAUAUUGACUGGCGAGAACGAGUUAUCUCGUAGCUGACGCGCGAGAGGAGAAUUUCUCGGCUACGUCAGCUACCAGUUAGCUCGCGCGGGUCUCCCUGCGCGGAGACACGUAUUUAUAUCGAAUCGUGCUGAAAAAUAAGUGUAAUAAUCAAUCGACGUAUCGGAAUAACACGCUGGUUCUCCGAUGACGUUCGAGAAGCAAGUUCCUUGUUGUCGUCAAUGCGACAGUCAAUGUGUUCAAUCGGUGAGAAUCGUUUUUCCGGCACGUGUCGCGCGAUUAGGUGCGCCGUCGAUCACGCCCGAGCUGAGAUCGUCUGAGAGAAAGCUACUCAGUUUCACUCUAAGCGUAUCAAACGAUCGGGGUAAACACGCAGGCAUUGUUUCGUUCUACAGACGAGGCGCGUAGGUGCGAAAACCGUGAUAAGGAGGAGGAGGAGGAGGAAGAAAAAUGGAGGAAGAAGACGGAAAAAAGAGUGUCGUCCGUCUUUCGGAAGUUCGAAAUUCGAUUAGAGCAAUUGUCGCGAUUAGGGAAGCUUUGCGAGAAGGAAGCAUCGCGGUUCGCAAUCUGUCCUUCACGCUACGCGUUUGCGCGGACAAGCUCGUUUUCUCGGCGAGAUCGCGCGAGAAAGAGAAGGAGGACGACGAGGAGGAUGAUGAUGAUGAUGAUGAUGAUGAGGAGGAGGAGGAGGAGGAGGAGACGUUAAACCGUUUCGCCAAAAUUGAUGUGUGAUAGAACCACUUAUCUCCCGCGGAUCUCUCUCUGAAUUUACGUUUCUGCGUACAUUUCCACUUUUUACGACGUUAAUUCAGUAGUGGACUCUGUAUAUACACCGCGCCUGCGCUUGUACGAAUACUGCGAAUAUCGUCGUUCUUCGCCGGUUCCCUUCGGGUUCCCUUCCUCGCGCGUGUUCCGUCUCGCCGAGCGGAGAACGGAAGGAGCCGCGAAUCCUUCGCUAAUUGGUUGGUGAAUCAUCAUAUCAUGACGAAGCUCGAGAAAGACCGCUCUCUCGAGACAGCCGCUCUUCGCAUUGUACAUACACGAGACCGAGCCGGUCUCUCGUCUCUCGCUGCUCAUUCCGAAAAAUCGCUUUUUAACCCCGAGAGCAAACUGCCAGCGCUCGACAGUUCCCGGAGCGUAAGAGCCGCCGCCGGUGUGUUACACAAUUGGCCGCGAAGCGUGUCCGAUUGCAUUUUCCAUUUCACUGUCGAAGAUAUACUCUCUCCCAUCCUCUCUCUCUCUCUCUCUCUCUCUCUGUGACUCUAAAGCCCCGAAACGACAAUUUCGUUCUCUCUGUGAUAAGUACACAAGUUGUACGUCGCGCGCACGUCGUUGCGUAACACACGCUGCGGCUCUGUAAUUAGCCGGGUAAGCCCGUACUAGCCGCGCGUUAACGAUCAAGGGGACUCCGGAGAUUGAAGGGAACGAGAAGGGAAUCGCUCCUGAGCGGUUUUAUGUUUAUAAUAUACAUAUACAUAGAUAUAUAUUAUAUAUAGAUAUAUACAUAUAUACAGAAUGUCUCAUAACUACCGCCACUCGUGUAAUCCACGGAUUUCUUCAACGAUUUAGAAUCCAGCGUUUCCUCAAUAUUAAAGAUUUUUAGUCUCCAUAUAGUCUCUCUCUCUCUCUCUCUCUCUCUUUUUCUCUCGUAAUCGUUCAAUUCUAAACUCUCCGUGAAGUUCGAUAUUUACAAGUCCGAUUAGUUCUUGCAUCUCGUCGAGAUAUUAGCGGUAAAUUAAUAAAUUAGCAGUCAACGAUCGUUGUCUCCAUCUUCUCUCUUUCUUUCUUCUCUCACGACUUUUCCGCCUGGAAGAAAUCGAGACUCUAAAUAGGUGGGAAAAAUCCGUCGAUGCAGGCAGCGAUGGUCUUGGGACGCACCGUAUAUGCACGUAUAAAUAGUUUUUACUUAGGAUUAUCUCAACAAAGUACGAUCCUAUGUUCUCUGUUGUUUUUUUUUUUCAUUUUUUUUUGUCAUCGAGAGCUAUCGCCGCGCCGAGCGACACGGGGAUUCCACGUGUGUCGUCUUGAUCGUUGGCGCACGUGGUCCACCGACGGCGCCCCGGAGAACGCCGCGUCUCUCCUCCGUGUUCAUUGUUGUUUUACUCGGCUUGUUUUAAAGAGACUGAUAUAUCCAUGAAUUAACUUCGCUCUCAUUUUUCAUCACUUCAUCUCGUUUUUCAUCGUACCCGUGAGUGACAUGCGGAGAUCCACGUACAAAAGUAAUAAGCGAGAAGAACGAACGCGGCCGGUCGCGAAGAUCGCGACAUGGCCGAUGAUCACGGAAUAGCUGCUGUAAAGAGAGAAUAAUAAAUGACACGUGUAGAUCUAACGACGACGACAGACUUGGUCUGGUUUCUUCCCCAACUUCGCCUUGUAAAUAUACGGAGAUACCGAGUCUCUCUUCGCGCGAGAGACGCGGAGGGGGAAUAAAAAUCGCGAGAACGGAGAGUGCAGUCGUGCAUGGGAAGUUUCCGUUGGUGGAGCUGAACUUUUCCCGUUAUCUGCUCUGUAACUUGCAAUGACAGUGUCGCCUCUAUCAUAACGUUAUCGACGAGCAACUUUUCUACCAUAUGUUAUACCUGUGCAGCGAAACAGUGACACUGCCGUUAAAAGUUGCAGAAUAGACGUACUACGGGCAACGGAGGGACGGAACGAAAACUCUAUUGUAGGAACGAAUUCCUGCGGAAGGUUCCUGCUCUCGGUCGAUUGUUUUUAAUCGAGUUGUAAUACAGCCGAAUGUUCACACGAAUUAUAAUUUCAAAAUUUCCCCCAAAAACCCCUUUUUCCCCCAUUUUUCCGCGGAUUUCUGUCGCGAAAGAUACAAAAAUUCAUUCGGAGAAAUUCGCGUGUGUCGAAUAAAAUCUGCCGCAUUUACUUUCUUUCCGUAAAGAAAGUAUAAGAGAGGCGAAAAAAAUCCGCGGAAAAAAUUGGGAAAAAGCAGUGUUUCUCCGUGUUUUUAAAACUAUAACACGAAUCUGUCAGUUGCGUUGACAGAGAUGUUUUAUUUCUCGUCAACGAGUUUUCAUCUGGUCCCCACGCAGUUGCAGGAACCGAGUCUCGUUUCCUGUGUGAGAGUCGCGUGCAGUGAUGAUCGGAAAAGUCCGAAAAGAGUACGAAUUUUUAACACGUUUCCGUCGCUCCGAUUGGGGUCCGACGUUCAUCUGAUCGUUUAUUUCGCGUAUUGAAAAUGACUCGUGAAUGACGUUCGAAAGUCGACGUCAAUGUAGCACCACUGCCGCCCGGAUAGGCGACAGUUCUCCGCCCGUUGUCAUUGAUAAUGCAGCGAAGCGGUUCUCAAGCUCGCUCUUGGCCCUGUCCAUU